GGGCGUGGCUGAGCCGAGCAUGCGACAGGACGUGUAGAGCCCGAGCUCCUCAUCCCCUGGCCAUAAAACAGCAAUAAUUAAGCGCUCUAAACGGCCCAACAUGGUCCGAAAUAAGAGGACACAAGCUCUGGGGGGCUCCCCACGCCGCCACACAGGCACUAUGGACGACUACGUUAGCACCCAGAGCACACCGGGCAGCUUCGGGCCGCCAGACAAAAUGGCGCCCGGAUCCCCGAGCCAGGACAGCAUGGGCGACUCCAUCCCAGAUGACACGCUGGCCCAGAUCAAACAGGAGCUGGCCAUGAUCUCCACCCACAUGCUUACCAAGGCGGACUCUGGCGGUCUCCUGCAAGAACUCAAGACGGCGAUCCGGGAGGAGAUCACUGCACUGCGGACGGACUUGUCGGCGGUUGAAGUGAGGGUGGAGGCCUUGGAGACCGAGGCGCAGGCUUGCCGCACACAGCACCGGGCCGCAGAACUGGCCACCACACGACAGGGGAACAUGCUGCUCUCCCUGCGACGCCAGGUGGAAGACCUGGAGAACAGGAGCCGGCGGCAGAACAUUCGGAUCCGGGGCCUACCGGAGCCGGACACCACCCCACUGCCAGACACCCUGAGGGCCCUCUUCCGACAGAUCCUGGGCCAGGAGGGCCCCAAAGAAAUCCAGUUUGACCGCGUCCACAGGGCGCUAGGGCCCCAACGCCAGGAUGGCAGGCCCCGUGAUGUACUUUGCUGCCUACACACUUACAGCACCAAGGAGAAGCUGAUGGCGGCGACCCGGGGCAUGACGAGCCUGCAGUUCAGGGGCUCGGAGGUGUCCCUCUACCAGGACCUCUCCGGCCUCACGUUAGAUGCCAGACGCGCCCUCCGGCCCCUCACGACCACCCUGCGAGACAAGGGGAUCCCUUACCGUUGGGGAUUCCCCUUCAGCCUGCAAAUUCGGCACGGCUCCACGUGGCUCCAGGUGCGCUGGCCCGGCGACAUCCCGCGGGCACUGCGGACCCUCAAACUCCCGAACAUCCGGGUCCGCAACUGGCUUUUGGAUACCCCUCUGGCACCCCGACGGGACCCGGACGCGGAGGACCGCCCGCCGCCGACACGGAGAGAAGAAGCCCGGUCACCCCGGAUGUGGGGUGGCCCGAGCGGAGCUGAGGAGUAAUGGAGCGCAGGAGCCCGUGUGGCCCGGAAUCAGCCGGACCACGAGGUACUUGGUGGGUCCUGGGUAGGGGGGUGAGGCUGCCCAUAGCGGGAUUAGGUAGCCUAGGUGGGGAGGGAGGACGAAGCUGUCUCUGAGACAUU